CCCCACUUCUCCAAAGGCACCACCUUUUUCGCGCCCACGCACGCCGCCACCGCUCGCCGCCGACGACGAGAGCGACUGCUCCGAUGAGCGAAUCCGGCAGGGUCACCGCCGGCGGAGGAAGGGGCGAGCUGCGGCCGCCGGAGCUGCCGCGGGACCCGGCGCUGGAGUUCCUGUCCCGGUCGUGGAGCGCGUCGGGCGCCGCCGACGUCUCCCGCCGCGCGCUCGCCGCCGCCGCCUUCCCGGCGGCGGCGGCGUCGGCCGCGGUCAUCGCCGAGGACGUCUCCGGUGAGCUCGACGUCGACGGCUCCGCCUCCGGGAGCUCCUUCUCCUUCGCGUCGGCGGCCACCUCGCAGCUCAUCAUGGACAGGAUCAUGUCGCAAUCGCAGGAGGUGUCGCCGCUGACCUCCGGCCGCCUCUCACACAGCAGCGGCCCUCUCAACGGCGGCGGCUCGCUCUCCGACAGCCCACCGGUCUCGCCGGACGUCGACGACAGCAAGUUUUGCAGAGCGGUGAGCACGCCGAAGCCGCAGCCGUACCGCGGCGUCGUCGGCGGCGGCGGGAAGACGGUGGGGCGGUGGCUGAAGGAGAGGAAGGAGAAGAAGAAGGAGGAGGCGCGGGCGCACAACGCGCAGGUCCACGCCGCGGUGUCGGUGGCGGCGGUGGCGGCCGCGGUCGCCGCCGUGGCCGCCGCCACCGCGGCCUCCGGCGGCGGCAGGGACGACCGCGCCGCGCGCACCGACAUGGCCGUGGCGUCCGCGGCGACGCUGGUCGCCGCCCAGUGCGUCGAGGCUGCCGAGUCCCUCGGCGCCGAGCGCGACCACCUCGCCGCCGCCAUCGCCUCCGCCGUCAACGUCCGCACACCCGGCGACAUCGUCACCAUCACCGCCGCCGCCGCCACCGCGUUGCGAGGCGCCGCGACGCUCAAGGCGAGGGCGCUCAAGGACGUGUGGAACGUGGCCGCGGUGAUCCCCGUCGAGAAGAACGCCAUCGCCGCCGCCACCACCGGCGGUGGCCACCACAAACACAACGCCCAGAAGCAGCAGCAUCACCACCGCCACCAUGGCAACGGCAGCAACACGAGCAGCAGCUUCAGCGACGAGGUCGCCGCCGUCGACGACGACGACGACGACGACAACAACUUCCUCACCAUCUGCAGCCAAGAGCUCCUCGCCCGUGGCACCGAGCUCCUCAAGCGCACUCGCAAAGGAGCUUUGCAUUGGAAGGUGGUCUCGGUCUACAUCCAUCGGACGGGAGUGGUGAUGCUCAAGAUGAAGAGCCGGCACGUCGCGGGCACGCUCACCAAGAAGAAGAAGAAUGUGGUGGUGGACGUGUGCAGGGACGUGGCGGCGUGGCCGGGGAGGCACCUGCUAGAGGGCGGCGAGCACCGGCGGUACUUCGGGCUCCGCACCGCGGAGCACCGGGUGAUCGAGUUCGAGUGCGGCAGCCAGAGAGAGCAUGACAUGUGGACCAAGGGCGUCGCCCGCCUCCUCGCCACCAUCGAUGGCCGUCGCAAGCGCUUCGCCUGACCGAACGCCGCCGCCGUCGCCGGCAUUGCCUGCAAAAGCUGUUGUGAUCAUGUCACUCUUCACUGUUGCUGUCAUUAGGAGCAGAAAACUGAACAAGAUUCAGAGAUGGUUUGUAGAUGUGUGUGGUGUUGAUUUCUCUUUUCUUUUUUGGUUUUAUGUGUCAUGUAAGAAGUGUUGUUUUGUAUCUUCUCUUUUCAGUUGUCUCUGAUUUAACUUGAGGGGGUUUGGGCAAUGAAAAUACAGACAGACAAGCAUCAUCUGCAUUUGUAAUAUGUGGUGUCUGCAGGGAAUCAUAACUUCUUAAGUGCUUUUGCUCUUCCGGUAA